AUGGACAUUCUCACUCAUCGUCAACGCAUUGGAAAUCAGUUGAUUGACAGAGCGCCCAUAGUGUGCGAACGCGAUACGGAAACUUCGCCAAGGGUUGGAAAAGUGCUACCAUAUUGCACGGCACCGCAAAGUAUGCAAUGCAUUGCGGGAAUCGUCAAUACCACCAUAUAUGCAGAAGCAGUUAUUUCGCUAGAUUCCACUAAGCACACCAUCCAUGAGAUAUACAUUUCGCCCGAAAAUUGCGUUUGGAAACGCCUUAGACCGACAACUACAUCGUAUGUGAUUUACACAUUUAUCGUGCCUGUGCUUUCGUGCUUCGGUUUAUGUGCCAACUUUAUCAACGCUAUAGUGUUUAUGCGUCCUAAAAUGACACCAUCUGCCUUCUCUUACCUUGCGGCACUUUCUUGCCUUGACUGCUUUUCCUGCUUACUCAUCUUGUUCACCGCGCUGUCGCGUAGCAUUUUCUUCUACAGCCCGUUCUGGACGAAGUAUGAUUUCCAGUGGCAGACACCGCUAUUUGGCAUUAGCACUGGUGCGGCGAACCUCCUGCUAGCCAGCGUCAGCUGUGACCGUUGGAUUUACUUGAGGCAUGGCAUUGCAAAUGGUAAUGGCCCACCACGGUUUUGUCGACGCAAAGUGGCACGUCGUGUGAUUGUAAUGAUCAUUUCUGUUGCGGUGCUGCUGAAUAUUCCAUAUUUUUUUAUUUUCGUCGUCAACGACGAUGGCACAAUUGUGGCACAUGAACUGUACUACAGCACCUAUUACAAAAUCCAUAAUUGGGUCUCCUUCAUAUUGUUAACACUUCUGCCGGCUAUAUUUCUCGUAAUCGGCAACAUCGCUAUAAUUAUAGCUUUUCGUCGUUGGACCAAGCAAAGCAAGAAAUGCCAUGGGAAUGGCAACCCAAAAAUAACGCAGAAACGUUAUCAUCACCAAAUGAAGUUAACUGUCACCAUCAUCAUUUUAAUCAUGCUUUAUUUGAUCGGCGAAUUGCCGGCAGCGAUGACUUCACGUAAAAGUGCCGUUAAUCUACUUUUCGGCGGCGAUAUAUCCCGUGUGGAUUUCAUUGUGAUGGCGCGACUGGAAAUGAUAUGCUUAAUACUAAAUUCACUUCAGCUUAGCAUGAAUAUACUUGUGUAUGCGUUCAUAAAUCCAUCUUUUAUGCCCGAACUCUUCGAUUGCCUACGCGGUGCCUCCCAUGCUUGCUGCAAUAUACUUUGCCUGGCGCCGUUAAUUCGAUGUAUGCGCAGAAAUUGCUGCAGCUCGGAACAUGUUAACAAGCAAAGUGCGAAUGAUGAAGUGGAUUGCCGGUGCGAACCAACACACUCGCGUAAGGAAUGCGAGUGUGAAUCACAACCGAGAGAAUCGAGAAAGAGUGUACGCAAAAGGGUUGAACAAUGCAGUGAAUCCCCCAGCGAUAGCGGUAAUGGCAACUGGGAUACUGAACCAGACGAAGCCGCCGGCGUGCUAAGCUUUAGCUUGUGUCGCUACUGGCAGAAUAGUGUAACAACGCAACAUAUGCCGAAUCAUUCUGAUUUUGGAAGUGAGCGUGGUUCGCAUGAACAGUGCGAAGUGUGGACUACAGAUGUGACCUGGAAGCGUUCCAGCUCGUUUGGGGAGUAUGCAUUUGAUAACCUAGCACUGCAAGUUAGCGUUACAAGUGAAAGAAGAAAGGAAAUCGGAGAGGAGGAUGAUAAGCAUGGCGAUGAAAGUACAGCAGCGCCACAUCAAGCUAAGAGACAUUCGUUGGCUAUUUGAAACGAUUUGCAUGGGUAGCGUAAAGAGUAAAAAGAGCUAUUAAAUAUGUAAACAUGUAGGUGUUGCAGGUAGACCACUUUUAAUAUGCUACAAAAGUUAGAAAACUAAAAAACAAUAUAUGUUUAAACAUACAUACAUAUGCAUGUGUUUUUA